UCCAACGGGAUAGCAGACAGCGCAAAACAUGGCCGACGAAAGGUUGAGUGGUACAUUUCUCCCGUCAUCUACCCGGAGAAACAACUGUUAACUCUAUCGUUACAUACUUGAAUACAGAUAUCAUCACAUGUGAGGCUUCAUCAUUUUAUCUGUUUCAUCCACUGCUAAGGGUAUGGUGACUGAAGCCUGUCUACCUUGAUCUAGCGCCACCAUCACAAUGGAGAAGAACGUGCUGAAUGGAGGCACUUAUACCUACGAUGAUUAUGGAUCCGUCAACAAUGAUGACAAAACAGUGCUAUAUGAAGAUCACAGUUCUGAUGAUGGUGGGAUUGAAAUUGGAGCUCGUCCCUAUUCCCCGGGGGAUGACCGCGGCUGCUUCUUCAAGGAUGGCUACAGACGGAUAGACUUUAUAUUAGUAUACGAAGAGGAGGUGGAGAAGAAGGUGAAAAGCAACAGUGUUGAGAUUGAAAAAUUGGAGAAAUGGCGUGCCAAGUUUCUCAAUAACAUCCGUAAAACAGGACUGGAAAUUGAGGAGGAACGGGUGCAAAGUAAGAAAAAGAUUACCACUUUUAUAAAAUUGCACGCUCCCUGGGAUGUAUGCUGUUUCUAUGCUGAGGACCUGUGUAUGAGGGCCCCUUUACAGGCCCACCCUAACCCGUCAGACAACUGGUCAGACAAGGUGCUCACCACUCUGAAGAUCCCUAACAUGAUGAGUGCACACGUCCCCAAUCCUCCCCUUGACUACUACACCUGUGUGUUCAAAAAGUCAAAGCUAGACAGGUUCCUUGGGAGUGAUAACCACGACACAUACUUCUCAAACACCCAGAGGACCCGGGUCGUAAACGAGGUCUUGGGCCGCACAGCAUAUGGCAAGCGGAAGCGGGCUGAAAUUGGGAUUGACAGAUUGUUGGAAGAAAAUGUGUUCAAGGGAGCCUACCCCCUACAUGAUGGACCGUUUGAGGUGCCCAAACACUUUGUGGCGCCCGAGUCACUGAGUGCCCGGCAGAUAUUGUACCAUUACUGGGCCCGCUGGGGAGUGUGGUAUAAGUACCAGCCCCUCGACCACAUCCGAGAGUACUUUGGAGAGAAGAUUGGCAUUUACUUUGCUUGGCUAGGGUUCUACACUGCCUGGCUGUUACCCGCAGCAGUGGUUGGGGUCAUCGUGUUCUUGUAUGGAAUCAUCACGUGGUCCGGUAACACUCCUGGUAAUGAAGUAUGUGACAGUGGUCAAAAGUACAAGAUGUGCCCGCUGUGUGACGAAGAUAUCGGCUGUGCCUAUUGGUACCUGUCAGACGUCUGUAUCUACACUAAGAUUGCCUAUCUGUUUGAUCACCCUGCGACGGUUCUAUAUGCUGUGUUUGUAUCAUUCUGGGCGGUAACAUUCCUGGAAUACUGGAAAAGGAAGAAUGCUUCGCUGGCUCACCACUGGGACGUGAUGGACUUUGAGGAGGAGGAAGAACGUCCCCGCCCUGAGUACACGGCCAAAGCCACAAAGUAUGAGAAAAAUCCUAUCACAGGUGUCAAGGAGCCUCAUUUCCCCCAGCGGGAUCGCAUCCCCCGCAUCCUGUCUGGUAUAGCAGCCAUCGUUAUAAUGAUGGCGCUGGUGUUGAUCUUCAUCGUGGCUGUGAUUAUGUACCGCGUGCUGAUCAGUAUUCCGCUGUUCCAGAGUCAAACCCUACGACCAAAAGCUGCACUUAUUGCUAGUUCCACCUCUGCUGUAGUUAAUCUUAUUCUAAUUAUGGCGCUCGGCAAAGUGUACGAAAAAUUGGCCCUCAAACUCACUCAGUGGGAGAUGCACCGAACGCAGACGGAAUACGAGGACCAACUCAUAUUUAAAGUGUUCAUUUUCCAGUUUGUCAACUUUUACUCCUCCAUCAUAUACAUUGCAUUCUUCAAGGGGAGAUUUGUGGGAUAUCCUGGCCACUAUGAUAGGAUGUUUGGUUUACGUAAUGAAGAGUGCAACAACGGUGGCUGUCUGAUGGAACUCGCCCAGCAACUAGCUGUCAUUAUGAUAGGCAAGCAAGUCAUUAACAACGCACAGGAAAUACUUGUACCAAAAUUAAAAUUGUUCAUCCAUCGUUUGAAAGUGAAUCUUGACAAAAAUAUGGUGAGGACCCGUUGGGAGGAAGAUUACGAACUUCUGGAUAAUGAGGGACUUUUUGAAGAGUACCUAGAGAUGGUGCUACAGUUUGGUUUUAUUACGAUAUUUGUGGCGGCGUUCCCGCUGGCCCCUCUGUUUGCCCUUCUGAACAACUGGGUGGAGAUCCGCCUAGAUGCCCAAAAAUUUGUAUGUGAGACACGGCGCCCUGUUGCUGAUCGUGCCCAGGACAUAGGCGUCUGGUUCUCAAUUCUCGAUGCUCUUGCCCAGCUAGCUGUCAUUAGCAAUGCAUUUCUGAUUGCAUUUACAUCGGAGUUUUUACCGCGACUAUUAUACCAGUACCACUAUGACUGGAACUUAGAGGGCUACACAGCAUUCUCCUUGUCUACCAGUCCAAAUGGCACCCUCAACCAGACAUGUCUAUACCGGGACUUGAGAGAUGGUCACGGGAACCACACACUCUUUUACUGGAACCUUUUGGCCCUCCGUCUGGGAUUUGUCAUCAUGUUUGAGCACUUUGUGUUUGGCGUGUGCCGACUGAUCGACAUACUUGUUCCUGAUGUACCCGAGGCCCUGGAACUGAAAAUCAAGAGGGAACGCUACCUUGCCAAACAGGCUCUAGCCGACACUGAUGCCAUCAUGCAGACUGUGCCGGGGGAUGAUGAUGAGGAAGAGGACAUUGCCAGAGGGGACGGCGAAGAGGACUUUGGGAAUGACGAAGUGAUAGUAAAAAUAGACAAAGGAGAGGAUUCCUAGCUCUGGAUUUAUAUAAAUAUACGAUCAAUGAACAGAUUUUUUCUUACACAUGUGCGCCACUGAUGGUUCCAAGGGGUUUCUGCACUCAGCUCAAGCCGUAUAGCCAAGACUGACAGGAUACUACACAUCAUUUACAUAAAUUUCUCAAGUGGGUCCUCGUUAAUGACUUUUCUCUGCCUUUCCCUCACAGUUCCUACUUCUUUAAGUAACCCCUUGGAAUCCACCAUGCCGUCUAUGUCAUCAUGAAUACCUAGUUUGAAUUGUAUUUUUCAUGUUUUUUCCCUUUCACUACGAUAAUUUAUCUGAAUGUUAUUGAGUACUGUUUGUGUCGAUUCAAAUGAGUAAGGCAUUCAGACAGUCGUUACCUUCAUUCUCUAUCUGUGAUCCUUGUAAAUAUCUUAAAGGUUGUGAAAUUUGUGGCUACUAACUGUUGUAUUCACUAAGUAGUUUGGGACUUUCUUCUCAAUUAGUGGCCUCGGAUUGGACAAAUCGUUUCCCGCUUCCUCUGCCUUGCCUUUUGAUUGGCCAGUUCAUUAUAUCCAUAUCUCACAACGACCCAGGCAUUUGAUUGGUCUAGCAUUUCUAUAAAAAAAAAACGAAAUAUUUUUUCAUGUACAGUGAAAAGAUCACAACUACAGUUAUAGCAUAAUUAUUUUUGAAGGUUUUGAAAAAAAAAAUCCUUUCUAAUACCGUUCAUUUUAGGAGAAAAUACGCUCAUUCAUAUUUCUAUGUGAUAGAAAUUGUUUGUCAUUCUCUUGCUCAUAAAAUAUAAGCUAAAAAUUAAUAGGCUUACCACAUUAUUUCGAUUUAUUAAAUGAUGUUAUUUUAGUUAAUUAUUAACCAUAUAGUUAAGUAUAACUUUGUUAUGCCUCUUCCCUGUGGCAAACUUAUUUGAAUGAAUAUGAUAAGUGCAAUGUUUAUUUAUGGUUAUAUCUGUAGGUUUCCUGAUAUAGAAAUUUUAAGUCUUUGCUGACAGCUAAAACUCCUAGAUGCUAGUAGUACAUGUAGCUAUUUCUGUCACACCUGAAAUGUGAAUCAUACAGCUGCAAUGUGAAUCAUAAUACGAACAAUGUGAAUUGUAUACCUGCAAUGUGAAUCAUGAAUACCGAAAUUGGGAAUUGUACAACUGCAAUGUGAUUCACAAAAACCGACAUUGGGAAUUGCACACCUGCAAUGUGAAUCAUAAAUACCAACAUUGGGAAUUGUACACCUACAAUGUGAAUCAUAUACCUGCAAUGUGAGUCCUGAACUUUUGCAAUGUGAAUCAUAUACCUGAACGUGUAUUGAGAAUCAUGCACUAGUAAUUUGAAUAUUGUACACCUGCAAUGUGAUUCAUUAUAAAUACAUGCAAUAUGAAUAUGUACACUGUGUAUUGAGAUCAUUUAGUAUCCCUACGAUUGCUUCACAGUGUAACCUCAUUCUUCAAGAAUUGAUAAGGACUAUUUCGUUCAUCUGGAAACAUAUGAUAAUCCAGAAUCUUGUUUUAUUGACUCGUGAAGUUUCACUGUAUAAGCAGAAAUUAAUGCAUUACUAUAAAACAUGAUUUUAGAAUUGACAUUACAAUUACUGUUAAAAUAGCUUGACUGUAUCUUAGUAAGAUAUGAUAGAAAAUCUCAAUAUGUAGCAUAAUAGUGUAAAUAUAUUAUAUGGGAAAACGGGGAUUGAAUCUUCAGCUUUACUUUUGCUAUUUUUACACUCAAAUGUAUCUAUGUUAUAACACAUUACUAUUCUUUGUUGAAAGUUGUGCCACCAAGUGGCAAUGAUCAUGAUAUAAAUUGGCAUAAUUGUUCUGUGUAUAAAUUAAUAGAUUUCGAGUUUUCAUCUAUUUUUUACAUUCCAUCUUUCUUGUUAUUUAUGAAGGAAGAGUGUAGUUGCCCGUGUAGACGUUGAAGCCAGUACCACACGGCUUGUAUCUGUAACUUGUGUUCAGUAAAAGUGUAGUAUACGGUCACCUCUUUGUCUAGUGAAUAGUUAAUGCUGAAAGGGGGCUUGACAGUCCAUGCAUAUCGAGCAAGAUAUAUUACAGAAUUGUUAAGAUAGACUGUAUUGUUACCUUGAGGUAAGUUGUAGUGACAAAUGAAACGAGCAUUAAAUUCAGAGUUUACCCACAGGUACUUGAGUUCAGUCAUUAGCAAAAAAAAAGUUUAAAAAAAAUAAAAAUAAGAAAGAAUUAAAAUACAGGGACUGGUCAAGAACCUGAUAGGCUGCUAUGCAAUAUAUCAACAGAGGAAGAUCAGGUUCCGGACAGGUCUAAAUAAAUUCAAUUUGUGUCUUUUAUUCAAUUUUUGUCACGCCACAAAGAGGUAGCGUAGCGGAAUCGAGACUAAGGUGUUGGCAUCAACAUUAAGUUUUUGCGUUUAACUUAGUUUCACUGAAAGUAUAAGUGCUAGAACAACCAAACUUGGGUCAUAGAUGUAUCUUGGGUAGUACAUCUCAACCCAUGCAUCAAAUAUAUUAAUGCUGGAUGCGGCCUACCUUUCAUGGUCCAUUGACUUU